GUAGCACAAUUCUUUCUCCGUCAAGCAAGCUGAAGUCCUCAACUCAAUCUCCUACAACUUUUUUUCCCAUUCUCAUCACAGCCUCGAGGAUAGCCAGGAAUAGAAAAUCAAAUACCAUGGCUAAAUUAACAGCGACAGCCAUUAUUACAGUAGCCAUAACUGGAUUGGCUCUUUUUAUUGUCAAUUUGACGAUCAACCGCCGACAUGUGCGAAAACUUCAAGCAGCCAAGGGACCGAUGCCAAAAUUCCAUCCCAUCUUCGGUCAUUUCCUUGCUCUGAAAGAGUGCAUCGAGUCGUUUCCGCGGAACGCCACCAUGCAUGUUGUAAUACAACACAUGGCCAAGCAGUUCCCAAAAGGCAUCUUCUAUCUAAAUCUAUGGCCAUUCAACAAAACCCUCAUGGUAAUAGCUAGCCCUUUUGUAGCGUCCCAAGUCGAGGCUGCGGUACUCAAUAAGCCUGACAACAUAUGCACUACUUUGGAUCUCAUUAGUGGUGGGCCAUCGAUCAUGACCAUGCAUGGGAGUACGUGGAAGAUGUGGCGCGGCCUCUUCAACCCGGGCUUUGCGGGCGGUUACAUGAUCGGACUUGCCCCGGCUAUCGCAGAUGAGGUCGCGGUGUUCUGUGAAUUAGUCAAGGGCCUUGCGAAGAAGGGAGACGUGGUUCAACUGGAAGAGUACACGUUGAGAUUGACGUUCGACGUUAUUAGUCGCGUAACUCUUGAUGCGCGUUUGCACUAUCAGACGCAGGGAAGUGCUCUUGCCGACUGUCUUCGGCGACAGGUUUACUGGACUUCAUUCGGUACGACUUUCAAUCCAAUUCGCCGCUAUCUUUCACCCCGCCCCCUUGUUCAAAGGUACAAUAGCUAUCGCAUGAACCAGUAUCUCGACGGGGAGAUUGAUAAGCGAUUUGAAGAAUUGGCUCUGUCGCGACAGGAGAACUCGAAGGGAUCGCAAGCUUCAUCAAGGUCUAUUAUCUCGUUAGCCAUGAACAAGUACCUAGAAGACGUAGGCACGGUAGGAGACGUGUCGAGGAAAGCCUUCAAAGAGUUAGCCAAGCCCCAGCUUCGCAUGUUUUUAUUUGCCGGUCAUGACACGACGAGUAGUACACUGUUGUACUGCUACUUCUUACUUUCCCGUCAUCCCGAGGCCUUGUCUAAGAUGCGUUCCGAACACGAUGGGGUAUUUGGCUCCGAUUUUUCAAUCGAAAGCUGUACCCAGGCCAUUCAUAGUGACCCGACUCUCCUCAACAAAAUACCCUACACAGCAGCAGUCAUCAAAGAAGUCCUCCGCAUCUUCCCGCCAGCGGGGAGUAUACGUGAGGGGCGCUCCGACCUCAUUCUGACAGACGAAGACGGACACCAAUACCCGACCGAAAACUGCCACAUAUGGACGCUCACGCUCGCCAUGCACCACAACCCAUCCAUAUUUCCCCAACCCGAAGAUUUCAUCCCCAAGCGAUGGCUCGUCGGCCCCGAAGACCCUUUAUAUCCGAAAAAGGGCUCCUGGCGACCAUUUGAAUGGGGAUUGAGGAAUUGUAUCGGGCAGACGCUUGCACAGCUCGAGCUUAAGGUCGCGCUUGUGAUGACAGGGAGGAUGUUUGAUAUCACGCCUGCGUAUGAGGAGUGGGAUCGGGUGCACCCGGGGAAGGGGAAGGGGGGUAUGACGGUUGGGGGGAAUAGAGCGUAUCAGGCUGAGAUGGGUGGCGGCGGGGCGCAUCCGGCGGAUGGGUUCCCUGUUCGGGUUACGCUGAGGAGGUAGGGUGUUGUGGAUGAGGAUGGGAAGUGAUAUG